AUGGAUUUUAUGAAGGACCAAUUUUUACAGACAGUUCAUCAGACAACUAAUGAUGAAUCUAUAACAUCAGCCAUGAGCACAAAAGAGGACAAAAAUCCAUUUGCUUGUUGGGCAAGGGAAUCCCAAGACCCCUACGAGGAUGAAGUUGCUGGUAGGGCCAUAAAACCCACCAAUGACGGGCGGUGGGCCCACGUCGUGUGUGUGGUGUACUUGCUCGAGGUGUUCUUUACGAAUCCAAAAGGCCGAGAAGGGAUCAAUUUCUCUAGGGUUCCUGACAAGAGGUGGGGGAAGAGUUGUUAUGUGUGUGAGAGUGGAAGGGGUUGCGCCAUGGAUUGUUCCGAGCCGAAGUGCCCGUUGGCAUUCCAUGUGGGGUGUGGGUUGAAGGAAGAGCUCUAUAUUGAGUAUAGAGAAGGGAGGAACAAGGGGGCUAUUGUUGCUGGGUUUUGCAAGAAACACACUGAGCUGUGGAAGAAGGAUUAG